GCCAAUUUUUACUCCAUGCUUCAUAAAACACACGUUCGUCGAGUUAAUAAUCUUGUUUUCGCCCCUUUACGGCGGCUUUACAAUCAGUCAUGGGAUAGUUACACCGUUCAUUCUCCCUGUAAACGUGUUGCUCACGUGCAGCUGAAUCGACCUAACAAAAGUAAUGCAAUGGAUCAAAAAUUCUGGAAAGAAACGGCUGAACUUUUCGAGUUUCUGCAAAAGGAGAAAUCUAUCCGGUCGGUGGUUUUAUCUGGUGCAGGGAAGCAUUUUUCAGCCGGUCUUGACUUCCAAGAUUUCACCUCAGUUUUUUCAGACAUACAUUCCAAUGACCCUGCUAGGUUUGCUUUUUCUUUACGCAAGUUAAUUAAAACGCUACAGGAGUCUUUUAACUGGCUAGAAAAGUGCAAUAAACCCGUGAUCGCAGCGAUUCAUGGGGCUUGCAUUGGGGGUGCUGUUGAUAUGAUAUGCGCUGCAGAUAUCCGCUACUGUUCCGAAGACGCAUGGUUUCAAAUCAAAGAAUUGGAACUUGGUAUUGCUGCCGAUGUUGGGACACUACAGCGAUUGCCACGGCUGGUUGGAAGCGAAAGUCUCGCCCGCGAAUUGAUUUUCACCGCUAGACGCUUUGAUUCAUCAGAGGCUCUAAAGUGUGGUUUCGUCAGUCGUGUGCUCAAAACUGCAUCUGAAACUGUAGACGAAGCCCUCAGAACUGCGGAACAAAUUGCUUCACACACUCCAGUUGCUGUACAAACCGCCAAGUAUGGAAUACUAUUUGCACGGGAUCAUGGUGUAUAUCAAGGUCUGGAUCAAAUGGCGGAUUGGAACCAAGUAAUGCUACAGACUGCAGAUAUGCUGCACGCGUUCAAGGCUUCCGUCACGAAACAGAAGGCUGAAUAUGAAGACGCUUAACUUAUCUUGAUUUGCUUCUUUUACUUUCCGCUAUUUUUACUGGAUCGUUGCCACCAUAUUUGCCACCCGAUUGCUUUUGUGAUUACUUUAAAAUAUAUGACCAUCGCAAAAACCACAUAUUUUUUCAUAUUGUCGCAUUUACAAUUGCACAUCGUUAUUCGAACACACAUGUGCCCUUCUUGGUUUGGCUACGUGAACGCCGUAUCCUUUUUCUCGCCGGCUUCUGCUUUCUCUCGCCCGCGGUUCUUCAGUCUUCCAUACCAUGUCCUGUUCGAAAUAAGUGCCUCAAGGUAAAUGGUCCGACCAAUCGUCCUUGAGGUUCCUAGAAUGUAUCACAGACACUGAUUUUGUAUUAUUAUAAUAAAGCAUUGCACCAAGAUGGCGCAAAAACGAAAUGACCUCAAUGCAAUGCAUGCGCGACGACUCAUUUCUACACAUUAUUUUCCCGUUGCCCUUUUCGGAGUACACUACUUAUUUCUACUCUGCUAUUCCUCUUUUAAUUUAGCACCUGAGGUUUGGCAGUUGUGUUCUACCUGCUCUUCGAUUUCAUUGACUGCGAGUAAUGUUGUCUGCGGUGACCAAUCUUCUGGACCUAACCUAAAGUUUUCCUCAUUAACGCUAUUAUUAGCCUAUCAUGCAGUUUGGAGCCUCUGCAAUUUAUGUUUUCUUUGAUAUGCAGUUGACUCGAAUCCGGAAACCUCCAAUUGUCACUCUUUGGUCUGUUUUGCUGCCAGCUUCAUUGUCUUAACUUUUCGACUGAUGCGUUGUUUCACCUCAGUAUAUUCAUCUUCAGCAUCUGCAGAUUGAC